CAGCCCGCGGGCUAAUUUCGCACGCGUUCUAACCCAGCAACUGUUGGGAUGGCAGACGAUGCUCCAGCUCUGAAGCGUGAUACAACCAUGGCUGCUACAGCCAAGGAAGGAGAGGACUUUCUUAAGUCACAGGGGCACAAUGUAGCUGCUGUUGCUGAUGCUGAUGUGAAGACACGUGGUCAGAAACAAGAGCUAGAACAGAUAUCUCCAUCAGCCAAGCUCACGCGGGCCAGCACUACGGCUGUUACGACCGAGGAAGCAAAGUAUGUGCUGGAGGGCAAGCAACGGUCACGAACUAGGUCACAGACUGCUCAUGCUGAUGAUGAUAAAGAUGACUCAGAGUCUAAAGCAACAAUGCAGAGAACAAGCACAAUGGCUGCAACUGCAAAGGAGGCUGCUGGUUUACUGGGCAUUAGUGAUUUGGGGAAAACAAGAGGACAGACAGUUGAAAAGCAACAAGGUGAAGAGGAGGAAACUGAGGAUGCUCCUCCACUUAAACGAGCGAAGACAAUGGUGGACACAGCCAAGGAGGGAGCUGCUUUAUUGGGAGACAAGGAGUUGGGCUCAACUCGAGCUGAGACUGCUGCUGUUGCUUCUCUAGAGGAAGAAGAAAAGCCAUCGCUCAAGAGGUCUGGGACAAUGGAUGUGACAGCACGGGAGGCAGAGGAGUUUCUGGCUCGUCCGAAGCAGACGCAGGCUUGAAUUGAAUUGAUUUGCAUUGAUUCUUGGACUUUUUUUACUUCAUGCUCAUCCGUGCACUUUUGCUUUCAUUUGCCAUAUAUCUCUAGAUAUAGCAACUGCAGAUGCCAAACUUUGCAGUUUAAUUACUGCAUGUUGCUCUUAAAUAUAAAGUCUACAUUUUA